AUGCUCAAUAGGUGGACAAGAAAUCUUAGUACUGGCUUGCGUAACUUUCACAACUUUGCUCCACUUCUUUUGAAUGGAACUGGAUUGCCAGAUAGAACGCUUCUUCUAAAUAGACUAGCUUUUGACUUGACUGAGGAUGAGAUCGAGAAGGCAUUUGCGCCGAUCGGGGGCAUCAGCAGCGUGCAUAUUGAAUGCGAUGACAAGACGUCAAAGUCAAGAGGAUAUGGUCGAAUAGUAUUUGAAGAUGCCAAUCGGGCCAAACGUGCCAGUGUAGAGAUGCAAGGAUUGGUGAUACAUAAUAUGCCUAUUAAGGUGAGUGUAAAGUCAGAGUCCAGAUACAAAGGACUUGACGAAAAGAAAUACGAGAUCCUUUAUAUCAAGAACCUUCCAUAUGAUGUUACAGAGGAUGAGGUAUUGCAUUUGUUUGCUCCUUAUGAAGCUUUAAGAUGUGGCUUGUCUAGAGCACCAGUGACCAAGAAGAACUUAGGCUAUGGGUUUGUUCGAUUUGGUUCAAAAGAGACUGCUUACAAUGCCCUUCAAAAGACAAGAGAUAUCACGUUACGAGACAGAAAGAUCAAGGUGGCAUUUGCACAGCCUAAGGUCAACAAUUAUAGAUAUAUAGUGUAA